AUGUUGCUGUGCAGAGCCGGUUGGCGAGGCGUCGCGUGUGAUCGGUGCGUCCCGUUGGCGGGUUGCGCGCACGGCUCCUGUGAGGAACCGGGUCGGUGCGUUUGUGAACGCGGCUGGACGGGAGCGCGCUGUGAUCGAGACAUUGGUCUGUGUUCAUCAAAACCCUGCUUGGGAAACUCCAGCUGUCUGAAUGUGGGAGAUGGUUUUAUUUGCAUCUGUGCUGCUGGAUUCACAGGCAAACACUGCCAGCAGAAGAACACACCCUGUUCACCUGACGGCUCUUCGUGCCAGAACGGAGGAACCUGUGUGGACAGCAGUGGAUCUGACAACAGUUCUUGCAUCUGUCCAUCUGGAUUCACCGGACGUUUCUGUGAGAUUAACGUCUGUGAUCCCAACCCAUGUGAGAAUGACGGCAUUUGCAGCCGUCGUGACCUGACGUUCACCUGCAUCUGUCCGCCGGCUUUCUCAGGCCCCGUUUGCAGCUUCAGACUGUGUUCCAGCGUUCGGUGCAUCAACGGAGGGACCUGCUUCGAUCAUACAGACAGUCCGAUCCGAUGCGUCUGUCCACCUGGAUUCACCGGCUCAUCGUGUGAACUUCAUGUCAACAAGCUCAAGGUCAAACCCAGAUUUAAAGCAGCAGUCCCCGGUCACACUUUCCACAGAUCGCAUCGACCAGCUGAUCGUGAGCUUCUAAAAAUCACCAUGAAGGAGACGGUCGGAGCGUCCGGUUCUCUGGCCACACAGAGUCAAGUCGUCUGUUUGACCGUUCUGGGUCUGCUCACCUGUCUGGUAGUACUUGUCACAACGGGCAUUAUUUUUUUUAAUCGAUGUGAGACGUGGAUGGCUAAUGUGAAGUACAGUCAGCUGGUGCGUCAACGGAGGGAUUUUCUCCUGAGAGCCGGCGACGGUGAGGACCACACGAUCAACGUCAUCAUACCUGAGAAGAUCAAACUGAGUAACUAUGGGCAGGGUUAUACGAGCAUGUGAAGCUGCAUCAAUUGGGUUCAUAAAUCUUAUAGAUUUCACAUAUGAGUAUUAUUAUUUAGCAUAUACACUGUACAACAUUACGGCCUCAACUCAAUUUUUUUAAUGAGCUACAGUUUAGUCAAUUUAAGGAACAGUCUGUUGGCAUCAUUUGCAUUUGUGCUCAUUUAAACAGUCACUACAAAAUCUUGAGUUGAGGCCUGAUUUUUUUGUACAGCGUAAGCCUUGAAUUUGAGUGUUUCUGUAUUAUAAGAAAAUAAAAUCUGGGAAAUAAAGGGAAACAAAAUUCUGUCAUCAUUUAUUCACCCCCAUGUGGUUAUAAAUCUGUAUGACUCUUUCUUCAGGAGAACACGAAAGAAGAUAUUUUGAGAAAUGUCUCAGUGGACAUAAAAUUGGCUACCUGCCAACAGACACUGAAUGCUGUGUGUUGUGAAUGUAUUUUUAACUCUUAUGACCUUGCCAUGAACAAUAUGUGUUGGCCUUCAUGUGGCGCUGCACAGAACAGCGAUCAGCGAACACAUGCUUUGUUUUUUUAACAUUAAAUAAAAGAAAAGCUUUUUUACUUCCACAGCCGCUAGAACACCUGGAUUAUCGUGGGUAUAUUUAUUUAUUUAGGAUUGUGUUGUUAAAAUGAUGGUUUAUUUUGCGCGUGGUUGAAUUUCUCUCGUGCGGUCUUUGCUGCCAUCUAGCGGUUACACAUUAACACAGUCCGACGUGUUUGAGCUUCACUUUACAUUAUUUCAUUUUACACACACCUACUGUACAAACUAAAUGUUAAAUAAUGUCUUUAAAUCACUUUGUAUGAUCGACUGAAUGUGAACAUACACAAAUGUAAUUGUGUGCAUCACUUAUAUUUACACUGUUCAUUGACAAUUUACUGUGCUGUUGUAAGCAUGAGGAAACAAAUGACGUUGUAACCCAUAACACAGUUGACAGAGAACUUCCAGGUGGGUGACGAUGAGAAUAACAAACCAUGGUAACCAGUUAACCAUCAGUGAGGACAGACACAACGACACAGACGGAGAAUUUUUAGGCCUUUUCAUUUGUUUUUUUACUUCAUUGCAAUCCAGAUAACUCUUAGUGUUGUGAAAUCAUAUUAGAUCAGUUUAAUUCACAUGUGUGAAUGGUCAUGUAGGCCUACUACUGCAGGUGGUUUUAUUUAGUUUACAUUUAUUUAGGUAUAUAUUUUUUGAGUUGUGUACGUUAUAUAUCAAUGCGUAGAGGGCCUUACAAACAUCUUAUUUUCAUGCAAACAUUUCAUUUUAUUAUGUUAUUUACUGUAUUUGUAUUUUUCAUAUUGUACAUUUAAUGCAGCACAUUAAUUUAACAUAACGUUAUUGUUUGCUGUUAUGGUGAUCUUGUAUAUUUCUUGUCAUCAUUACUUGUUUUCUGUAUAAUGGAUAUACUGUAACUAAACACGUUCAUGACAAUAAAGUACCUUUUAAU